AUGGACAUGUCCUUCUGCUCUCCUCUCCAGCUCCAAGAGAACUCGUUCCUGUUUGAGUCCCUGCUGGAGAAAACUUAUGAUCCCAUGGCCUUUGAUCCAGCCUUGGACCCUGGCUACUUUAGUGCAGGCAGCAGUCUGUCUCCCACCUCGUCGGUGGACUCCUUUUGCUUCUCCCCCAGCUCCAUCCAGGCUGCAGGAAACGAACAAGACGCCUUGGAUCGCUUCAUCUUCAGCGAACCAGAAGCACCAAAGCUUACCCACAGGACCCAGUCUGUGCCCUACGCCAGACCCUCCACAGCCACAUCCUCCACAGCCACAUCCUCCACAGCCACCUCCACAACAAAGAAGUCAAGGUCCAGGUAUCCAGGGAAAAAGCGUGAUACCGCCAGCGAGAGGGAGAAGCUGAGGAUGAGGGAUCUGACCAAGGCUCUCCAUCAGGUCAGGUCAUACCUCCCGCCCUCAGUGGUGCCUGCAGGACAGACCCUGACCAAGAUCGACACGCUGCGCCUCACCAUGCGCUAUAUCUCCUACCUGUCGGCUCAGCUGGGCCUCAGUGAGGAGGUGCUGGAGCAGAGGAGAUCCCCAGGCUUCAUGGAGCCGCCACAAACCCUCUGCCAGUUCCUGGGACAGCCAACCUCCAGCUGCAGUCCACAGGAAUCCAGCUGUAACACGAUGAGUGUGGCCCACCCGUCCUCUCUGCAGCACACUUAUCAGGUUUCCAGUGGAGUUAACUUCAGCAGCGAGCAGUACUGGAUGCCAGAGCAACAAUUACAAACUCCCACAUUCUCUGGACACUGCUGA